GCGGCCGGACAGGUGGGCGUCGGGUCCCGGGGUGCCGGCGGAGGUGAGGAGCCGGUGAGGACCCGCGCCCGCCGGCAUCAUGACCUUAUUCCACUUCGGGAACUGCUUCGCUCUCGCCUACUUCCCCUAUUUCAUCACGUACAAGUGCAGCGGCCUGUCAGAGUACAACGCCUUCUGGAAAUGUGUCCAGGCCGGAGUCACCUACCUCUUCGUGCAGCUAUGCAAGAUGCUGUUCCUAGCCACAUUCUUUCCCACCUGGGAGGGCGGCAUCUAUGACUUCAUUGGGGAGUUCAUGAAGGCCAGUGUUGAUGUGGCCGACCUCAUAGGCCUAAACCUUGUCAUGUCCAGGAACGCAGGCAAAGGGGAGUACAAGAUCAUGGUUGCUGCCCUGGGCUGGGCCACCGCUGAACUCAUUAUGUCCCGCUGCAUCCCCCUCUGGGUCGGAGCCCGAGGCAUCGAGUUUGACUGGAAGUACAUCCAGAUGAGUAUCGACUCCAACAUCAGUCUGGUCCACUACAUCGUGGCAUCCGCCCAGGUCUGGAUGAUCACACGUUAUGAUCUCUACCACACCUUCCGGCCAGCCGUCCUCCUGCUCAUGUUCCUUAGCGUCUACAAGGCCUUCGUCAUGGAGACUUUCGUCCACCUCUGCUCCCUGGGCAGUUGGACGGCCCUGCUGGCCCGGGCUGUGGUGACUGGGCUGCUGGCCCUCAGCACGUUGGGCCUGUAUGUCGCCGUGGUCAACGUGCACUCCUAGGCCUGGACUCCUGAACACGGACACACCACCUCCCUGCCUCCUCUGGAUUAUAGGGGAGUAAAUAGUAUUUGAAACCUG